AACUGCAUUGGGUUAGCUCCGCACAGCUCCUAGACAUCCCCGGAACCAUCGUCGAAACCCCGCCUCCGAGCCAGACCUGACACGGAACCAAGCCGCGGGCAUCUUUCUCUACCUGCCUACCCCAGAUCUGAUUCCACCCCGUCGCUUCGGCACAGUCGCUGCCACCGCCCAUUCUCGCGGGCAUUUGUCGACAGAGCUUGCUUCCUCAUUGCCCGCUCUCCCCGAUUGUCAAGAUGGUGGACACAGAAGCGAACGUUCCGACAUGGAAAUUCACCCAGUGCUUUGGUGAUAAGGGAGACGUAGAGGAUAUCACAGAAGCCGAUAUCAUUUCCACUGUCGAGUUUGAUCACACGGGUAAUUACUUGGCGACGGGCGAUAAAGGUGGUCGUGUGGUGCUAUUUGAGCGCAACGAGACAAAAAAGUCCUGCGAGUACAAGUUCCACACCGAGUUCCAGUCACACGAGCCCGAGUUUGAUUAUCUCAAGUCGCUCGAGAUAGAGGAAAAGAUCAACAAAAUCAAGUGGUGCCGGCGGCAGAACGCUUCCCACUAUCUGCUGUCGACAAACGACAAGACUAUCAAGCUGUGGAAAGUGUUCGAGAAGUCGCUCAAGGUUGUGGCCGAGAACAAUCUCUCCCACGACUUGACGCCAGCAAACAUAGCUGGCGGCGGUGGAGCCCCCCGCCCGAUGCCGCACGUCCAGUUUCGCAAUGCCAGUGACCUGAAGCUCCCCAGGUUGACCCAUCACGACACAGUCGUCGCGGCCGUACCCAGGCGGACGUAUGCUAAUGCCCACGCCUACCACAUCAACAGCAUCUCGGUGAACAGUGACGGGGAGACGUUCAUCAGCAGCGACGACUUGCGCAUCAACCUGUGGAACCUCAACAUACAGGACCAGAGCUUCAACAUCGUCGACAUCAAGCCGGCAAAUAUGGAAGAGCUCACCGAGGUGAUCACGGCGGCCGAGUUCCACCCCCUGAGCUGCAACUGGUUUAUGUAUGCUAGUUCCAAGGGGACCAUCAAGCUGGCGGACAUGCGGGAGAGCGCCUUGUGCGAUCAGCAUGCGAAGAUGUUCGAGCAGGAGGAGGAUCCCUCCUCAAGGUCCUUCUUUUCCGAAAUCAUCUCGUCCAUCUCCGAUGUCCGCUUCUCGUACGACGGGCGAUACAUCCUUUCGCGCGACUACCUGACAGUCAAGAUCUGGGAUGUGAACAUGGAAAGACAGCCAAUCAAGACGAUUCCGAUUCACGAGCACCUCAGGCCGCGGCUCUGCGACACAUACGAGAACGACAGCAUUUUCGACAAGUUCGAGGUGGUGUUUUCGGGCGACGGCAAGAACGUCAUGACGGGAAGCUACAACAACAACUUCAUGAUCUACCCGUCGGAUCCCGAACAAGAGGUGGAGGUGGUGCUGCAGGCCGAUAAGUCGGCCUUCAAGGCCAAGAAGGUUGGGGUGCCGACGCCCAUCAACUCUUCCACCAGCCCGACCGCGAACGGCAAGAAGGGAAGCUCGCGGGCGGGCAGCCCAGCCGCGCCGGGUCAGGGCCAGAGGAUGCGCAAGGAAACGGACGCGGACCAGAUUGACUUCAACAAGAAGAUCUUGCAUAUGAGCUGGCAUCCAUUUGAGGACAGUAUUGCGAUUGCCGCGACUAAUAAUGUAAGCGCCUGCCUUGACCCCACGUGGUCGUCUUGAACACGUUUUCGUUUGAUUCUGCUAACGCACACGUUCA